GUCUCAUACUCUUAAUUCCUGUAGCGGCGAUCCAUCAACUGUCGUCAAAACAGACUCAGAAGGUCUUCAAACGACAUGAUAUACAACCCUUGCUGUAGUCUUGUACCAAUUCGAGUGGAGGCUGAAGAAGCCCAGCCACCAUGGCUGGAUGGUGAGGAAAGGCGUCGGUUCCCGCGCACAAAAUCUAGCUCUGAAGAAAUGUCGAGUUUGGAAAAGCAAGUAAACAGCGACUUGGAUCCAUCUCGCCAGCUCGCUAUGGCAAUGGCGGUUGUUGAAUCUAGCUGCUAUCCUAAGCUUGCUCUUCCUCCUCCUCCACCACUACCACCACCACCACCACCACUUGCCUCUGCCACUAACAACGACUCUGAUGCCGGCAAAUCAGAUGUCAUAAAAUGGAAACUAAAGGCCAAGUGGCGCAAGAAAGAAAACCUUAGACUUAAGGAAUGUCUCAAAAUUGCUGAAGAUGGUAUGAAUCAGGAUGUAUUUCCGCAAAACAUGUCGUGCAAAUGCUAUUUAUUUGAUAAUUUGGGGCAGCUAAGCCCUAAGAACGAACCAGAUCAGAAGAGGUUUGAUGACGUGCUCCGACGGAGAUUUCUCAGACAAGUUAGAUUAAGUGAGAGAAAGAGGCGGAGACCUGAAGGCUCCUUCAGGGGAUUGGCGAAUUUAGAAAGUGCUAAUGAAAUGGAGCAACUGAAAGCUUCUGUGGAUUUUCUUGUGGAGCUUUGUGAUACAGUUUCUCCUACUGCAGUAGAUGAGGGUUAUUUCAAGAAUUGGUCACACCAGGCUGUUGACUUCAUUCUUGCAACAUUAAAUGGACUAUCAAGCACUGGAAAUCUGGAUGAGAAGACUGAGAGCAUUGUGAGUAGCUUAAUUAUCCGUUUGGUGCGUAGGAUGUGCUCUGGAACAGAAGGAGAUGAAAUAACUAAGAAUACCAUCCAGUUUUAUGUUCAGCACCCGAUGCGCAAACUUGGAAUAGAUCCAUAUAUCGGUCAGCGAGUGAUCCUUGCGGUUUCUGAGAGAAUUUCCAUGGCAGCAGAAAGUUUACUCUUCAUGGAUCCAUUUGAUGUUUCCUUUCCCAGAAUGAACAACUGCAUGUAUGCAAUGAUUCAGCUGAUCGAAUUUCUGAUUUCAGAUUACAUCCAAUCUUGGUCGACUCUUGAAGACUUUGAUUUGAAGCUCCUCCAAGAGUGGUUGUUUUCUGUCUUCCGUGCUCGAAAAUCUCUGGAGCUCUUGGAGAACAGGAACACACUAUACAUGCUAUACAUGGAUCGCCUAGUGGGCGAAUUGACUCGGCAGCUGGGUCAAGCUUCCUUUCUUCAGAAGCUACAACCUGAUAUUCUUUCUAAACUGUUUGCAUGAUCACCGACUAUUUAGAGGAUUCAUAAGCACCCUACCAUAUCUAUUCUCAGCAUACGUGCACAUAAGGAAAGAAGGAGACGAAUGAGGUGUUUUCUUUUCUGGUAAGCUCUACAUACAUAUGCUUAGAAUCAGUAUUAGUGUGCAUCAACUCCCUUACAGAUUUAACUGUGGAAAGGCUACAAAUUGCUUGCAAGCUCCUGCAAAGUUGCUAAUUUAGCCACAUAUGCGUGUGUUUAUUUAAUCAAAAUUUAAACUUGUUUACCAGAUUUUUACUCACGCCGGGAGCUGGAAAAGCAAUCACCAAAAAAUAAUGUGCAUCGCAGGUUAGCGCCGCAAAUUUAUCAUACAUAUUAAGCAUAGAAUUCAAACUUAAAACUCCAUGGAAUUUUCGAUUCCUCUUAUUAUACUAUCAUAUCACUCUUAAUGCAUCCAAUUUCACCAACAUAACAAGCAAGAAUGAACAACUUAUCCUAUCAUGACUAUACUACAUCAAUCUAAAAGAUUAUCUUCCUAGCAACUGUAUUCAAAAAAUAUUUCUUUGCUAUGUUCAAUAGCAAUAUUUACUUUCAAUUGCUUAUUAAAGAAUAUGCUAUUGAUAAUCUAUUGGUGGGAUGGGUUUCGUUUUAUUUUCUUUGGGAUGAUAAAUUCCUUACUUAACUAAGUGGGUAGAGUAUUGCUUUCAUACUGCAGGAGUCAUUGGUUAUUAUUUUUAGUUUCUAUCUUACUAUACUUUAGUAAAUAUAAAUUUAUAUUUUAUUUUCAGGAAAAGAUAUAAAUGAUGGGUUUACUUUUGCAUCAGAACUUACAAUAUGGAGACUGUGUACAUCAUGAUUCAUGUGUAUCUAGUCCAAACGUUUUAUCCAAGGUUAUGAUAAUGGUGUUUUGGUUACGAGUCAUUAUAGCUUCCUAGGUUUCGUGUGGGCUAUCUAAUUACACCACUCUAUCCUAAAAGUAAACCUGGAGGAAGGUAGGAAACCUUACAUUCGUAUAAGAGAAGGUUGCAAGGAAAAAGAGACUCAU